AUGUUAGUCUUCACUGCUGGGGCCGUGCCGGCGCGCGAGUCAGACAGCGCCAUCGAGGCGGAGGAGCUGGGGAAGAGCGGCCUGGCCUGGGCACCGCGUGCCAAUGACACGCGGGAAGAGGCUGGCGCGGCCGUGGCUGCGGGAGACAAGACCACGUGGACGGCGCCUGGCGGCGAACCGGCGGCCGCUGCUGCCGUGGACCCCGGGGUGGGGCCCGAGGAGACACUGGAGGCCUCGGCAGCCGUGACGGGCACAGCCUGGCUGGAGGCAGACAGCCCCGGCCUGGGCGGAGUGAUGACCUCAGAGGUGGGCAGUGGCGAGGCCCAGGCCCUUCCAGCGACCCUCCAAUCCCCCGAUGAGGCCCUCGGGCGAUCGACGAUGCCCCCGCCCUCCCCUGAGGCCACUGUAGCCCACGGACCACCCGCCCCUAUGACUACGGAUGGCCGGCUGGGCACAGGCUCUGAAUCCCCCAAGGAGAGCCCCUUGGAGGUUUGGCUGAACCUGGGAGACAGCACACCCGACCCUCAAGAGCCAGACCCCACCCACCCCCUUAAAGGCACCCUAGAGCCCCAACUGCCGUCCGAAAUCAUUGACAUCGACUACUUCGAAGGCCUGGAUGGCAGAGAUCGUGGUGCAGACCUGGGGAGGUUCCCGGGCUCCCCGGGGGUCUCAGAACCUCACCCCGAGGCUGACGGAGAGACCCCUUCUUGGAGUCUGCUUGACUUAUACGAUGAUUUCACCCCCUUUGAUGAAUCCGAUUUCUACCCCACCACGUCCUUCUAUGAUGAUCUAGAGGAAGAGGAGGAGGAGGAAGAGGAGGAGGACGAGGACAAGGAUGCAGUGGGAGGUGGAGACCUGGAAGAUGAACAUGACCUUCUGCCCUCUCAGAAGCCCGGGAUGGGGCCUGGUGCAGGCCAGCCCACUAGUCGGUGGCAUGCUGUCCCUCCACAGCAUACUCUGGGGAUGGUCCCUGGUGGCAGCAUCGCCCUCAGGCCCCGCCCAGGAGAGCCGGGCAGGGACCUGGCCAGCGAAAAUGGCACUGAGUGUCGCAGUGGCUUCGUGAGGCAUAAUGGCUCCUGUCGGUCAGUGUGUGAUCUCUUUCCAAGCUACUGUCACAAUGGCGGCCAGUGCUACUUGGUGGAGAACUUAGGGGCUUUCUGCAGGUGUAACACACAGGACUACAUCUGGCACAAAGGGACGCGCUGCGAGUCGGUCAUCACUGAUUUCCAGGUGAUGUGUGUGGCUGUCGGCUCGGCCGCCCUCGUGCUGCUCUUGCUCUUCAUGAUGACCGUGUUCUUUGCCAAGAAGCUCUACCUGCUCAAGACAGAGAACACCAAGCUCCGCAGGACCAGCAAAUUUCGGACUCCAUCUGAGCUUCACAACGAUAACUUCUCCCUCUCCACCAUAGCAGAGGGCUCUCACCCAAACGUAAGGAAACUUUGCGACACUCCCUGUAUCUCCUCCCCCCCUGCCCGUGCCUUGGCUCACUAUGAUAACGUUGUCUGUCAGGAUGAACCUGGUGCUCCCCACAAAAUCCAGGAAGUCCUCAAGUCCUGUCUGAAAGAGGAGGAGCCCUUUAACAUCCAGAACUCCAUGUCACCCAAACUUGAGGGUGGCAAAGAGGACCAGGCUGACUUGGAGGUGAACUGUCUCCAGAAUAAUUUAACCUAAAGCAGAACAAGAAGAGAGGAAGGGGGGUGGGGCGGGGGCAGGGAAGGAAAGGAAUUUCCCCUUGUACAGAGUCUAUUUCUUGUAACCAUUUGUUAAACUCUUUUUUCUUUUUUUUUUCUGAUCUCAUGGCAUGCUUUGAUGUAUUUUGUACAGGAGGGGGAAACACUUAAAAUAAGCAAAGGAACUGAACAGAAUUGCAUACAUUGGAUGUUUUGUCUGUACAUUGCUACUGCUGUGAUUUCUAAACCUACGCUGUUAUAUUCAACUGACUUUUUUUUUUUGUACUUUGACCCACCUUUUUUUGGA